AAUAGGAAAUCACCUAUAAAUCUUAAAAUCCAUGCUCGAGUAUACCUCCUCGUCAUUGCCUUCCAACUAAGCAAUGUCACCAAAAUGAUUUUGCUAACCAACUUAUUCUAACAAAACUUUCGUCUAUCUCCUUUUAUGCAGAUGUAACUCCAAAUAACUUUUCACAUUAAUCCGUCCAAUUUAAAUUUGUUGGUGUUAUAAGAGGUGAUCCAUCACCACGAAGCCUCAACAAAACUGCCCCGUCUUGUAGAGUAAUGAUCCAUAACACAUCAUUUUCAACAAGUCCCAAAUAAAUGCGGCUUAAAGUAGAAGCAUUUACAUUUGAUAUGUAUCUGGGUUGUAUGUAAAACUUAGUUUUCAACAUUUAGGUCACCAUCCAAAUCUCCUUUUUUUUUUUCUAGUAAUUUUUGUUAUUGCUGAACUAGACAUCAGAUUGACUCUUCUGCCUCAUAUAAUAACUAAUUUUACCACUCAGCAUAUUGCAUUUAUAAACUUAGACUUGGCUGCAAUUUGCGGAGUAAGAGCAUGGCUAUGGCUACGGCUAUGGUGGCAGAAAGAGAAAGAUCGAAGCCUCUCCACAAUUUCUCCAUGCCCUGCCUCAAAUGGGGCAACCAGAGAUUCCUGAGGUGCGUCAAAGACUCCACCAUGAUCGAUCUCAAACCCUGGACUUUGAGGACCAAAGCACCACAUCCACAUCACACCAACCAACUCCAGAAGAAGAUGGAAGAGAGAGCCAAGUUUUCGGUUUCACUCUCGAAGGAGCAGGUGGAACAGGAUUUCUGGGCCUUUCUCGGAACCAGACCUCCCAGGAGGCCCAAGAAGAGGCCCAGAAUUGUCCAGAAGAAUUUGGAUACACUUUUUCCUGGUUUGUGGCUCACCGAUGUUACUGCAGAAUCUUACAAAGUCCCUGAAUGAGGCGGGGCCAAUUGCCGAUGCUUGCUGACUCUUCUUACUUUCACCACCGUGUCAUAUAAAUAAAUAAUGGUAAUUGCCAAAUCAAAUCAACCAUCUAAAUAAAUCCAAAACUUGAUUCUUUUGUUGAAUUCUGCCGCUGGUUAUCUGAAAAUAUAGUAGCUUGUACAUUCUAUACGUUAACAAUAUUUUUACUGCUGCUUCCUUUUCGCUUCUGUGAAAGAUCUUUGUUUCACUUUUAUCAAUUUGCUAGAGUUCUAAUGUACUGGAUGCUGCAGUUUUAAUUGCUCAUUUUAUUUUAUUUUUUUUA